ACGGGUUGGAGUUUUUUUUUUGUUUGGUGUUGUGCGAAGAGGAACUAAAACCGACAAUCGAAGUUAUAUCGACCACAAACAACAACAAUCGUGAUCGCGGCACGGGACGACACAUUAGCGAAUGAUGCAGCAUUUAGUUGUGAAACGGAAGUAAUUGUUCGAUGGUUAGCUAAAACGUAACAGUAGUGUUUAUCAAAAAAAUAACUUAACGGAGUUUUUCAUUGGCGGGUUUCAUAUUGUAAAGCCCAUUUCAUCUCCAUUAGUCAGUCGUCACGAGACCAUCGCAAGAAACGGCUGGCAACUUUCCGAUUUCCUGUCAGCAUCAAUCGCUCGAAGCCACACGAUAAUGACUGCAGCAAGGGCAUCAUCACUCCUCGCGGUGACAAUAACGUUGAUCGUGCUGAUAAUUUGCGGUGAAAUGCAAAUGUCAUCUGGAGCCACCGUGCAGGAUCAGGAACGUUCAUCCGCCAGCGGAUUGCUAGCUCCCAGAACAUUCGGUCGAAUACGCAUGGUGAAAAACUUUAUGCUACCGAUGAUGUUCCUACUGGGAGGCAUCAAAAUGUUGCUCCUGUUUGUCGCUGCCGUCGGCGUGAAAACACUUUUCGUUGCCGUUUCCAUCCUGGUGAUCAACAUAAGUGUGGGCCUCGCUAAGGUCAUCAACUUCUUCAAACACAGCAAGUACGGGCAGUACGGACAGUACGGACACCAUUCGGCAGCCUGGGCUAGUCCGGAGAAAACUGUAAAUAUUAACAUUCACAGUGCACCAGGACAUCAGCUUUCGCUGGACACACCACCAACGGCGAUCAGCAGUAUUUCAUCAUCCUCGUACCCGUAUGCAAGGAAUGAUGUGAUCGAUUCAAUCUACCGAGCCCCAGCCCACAGCCUUUAUCCGAACACGUUUGUCCAAGCAACCGCAAAGGCCCUCACUCAUCCUUAUUCCCAGUGGCAGAAUUACGCUCGAGCCCGAUAGCGACGCGGGCGGCUAUCGACAGAAUAUCUUCAAGAAAUGCCAAAAAACACAAAAUCCAACACCCAGUGAACGAUUGCGAUGAGUGCAUGUUAUUCUGCUACAAGAGAUUCAAUGUUCACCACGUUUAUUUAUGAAUAAGAGAGCCCCUCAAAAAUAUUUAUUAAGAAAGCUUCAGUCAUAUACCAUUACGUAGAGUGUUUACAAGGUCGAUCUAAUUAGCUACUGUUGAUCAGUCAGUAGGUUUCAUGAAAAAAAAGUUUUUACGUCUGCGGCUAUUUAAAUGUAUCGAUGAAAGUAAAAGUGUACAUCGCAAAAUUUCACCGGUGAUCACGCUGGUGCAUCCACACCACCAAGUGGCAGUGAGCAAGCAGUAAAAAAUUUAAUAAAUUCAGACAGGCGUGCCGCUUUUUUUUUCUUAUCGCGAUACACCUACAUCACGCGGUUUUUCGUGCAACAUAGCAUUCCAAUCUGUUUAAUCUGUUCAAUGGAUUAAACUGCAAAGUGGAUAUUCGAAAUAACUGAACGCUACCGUUUUGGUACAAUCUCUAGACAAUGGAAUUGUAAACGGUGGUAGCUACCAUACCACGGUUUGCAUGUUUAGCAUUAGUGCGCUGUAAAAACAUAG